CUCGAUCUCACACCUUUUCUUCCCUCUACCUAGAGCCCUGUGCUUCCAAAUGGCAGCACGCUUUCUCCCUCACCUGUGUCAGGUCCUGGUUCAAAGCUCCUCCUCUGGAGAGGCCUUCCUGACCACCACUCUUAAAAUGGACGGCUACGUUUCUCACCGGCCGAAAGAGAAAGUGCGAACAGACAGCAACAAUGAGAACUCCGUCCCCAAAGAUUUUGAGAAUGUGGACAACAGCAACUUUGCACCUAGGACUCAAAAGCAAAAGCACCAGCCUGAGCUGGCAAAGAAGGCCCCGAGUAGACAGAAGGAGUUCUUGAAGAGGAAGCUGGAGGAGGAGAAGGGGAAGGGGCAUCCGUUCCCGGGCAAGGGCACCAACGAGGUGCUGCCUCCUGGUGAGAAAGCCGCCGUGAACGGGAGCCGUGGGAAGGAUGUCCCGAGACAGCCCCACAGCAGGAAAAGCGGGGGCAGCUCCCCUGAGAUCAAGUAUGACCAGCCCCCCAAGUGUGACAUCUCGGGCAAGGAGGCCAUCUCUGCCCUGUCCCGUGCCAAGUCCAAGCACUGCCGCCAGGAGAUCGGGGAAACCUACUGCCGCCACAAGCUCGGGCUGCUGAUGCCCAAGAAGGUGACUCGGUUCUGCCCCCUGGAAGGCAAGGCCAACAAGAACGUUCAGUGGGACGAGGAUUCAGUGGAGUACAUGCUGGCCAACCCAGUCAGAAUCGCCUUCGUCCUGGUGGUCCAUGGCCGGGCCUCUCGGCAGCUGCAGCGCAUGUUCAAGGCCAUUUACCACAAAGACCAUUUCUACUACAUCCACGUGGACAAGCGCUCUAAUUACCUACAUCGGCAAGUGCUCCAGUUUGCCAGACAGUAUGACAACGUUCGCGUCACCCCCUGGCGGAUGGCUACCAUCUGGGGAGGAGCCAGCCUCCUGUCCACAUACCUGCAGGGCAUGCGUGACCUCCUGGAGAUGACCGACUGGCCCUGGGACUUCUUCAUCAACCUCAGCGCAGCCGACUACCCCAUCAGGACGAAUGACCAGCUGGUGGCAUUUCUCUCCCGAUACCGAGAUAUGAAUUUCCUGAAGUCACACGGCCGGGACAAUGCAAGGUUCAUCCGAAAACAGGGUCUGGACCGACUCUUCCUGGAGUGUGACGCCCACAUGUGGCGCCUAGGGGACCGGCGAAUCCCAGAGGGCAUUGCUGUGGAUGGAGGCUCGGAUUGGUUCUUGCUGAACCGGAAGUUUGUGGAGUAUGUGACGUUCUCCACAGAUGAUCUGGUGACCAAAAUGAAGCAAUUUUACUCCUAUACCCUGCUUCCUGCUGAGUCCUUCUUCCACACCGUCCUGGAGAACAGCCCCCACUGCGACACCAUGGUGGACAACAACCUGCGCAUCACCAACUGGAACCGCAAGCUGGGCUGUAAGUGCCAGUACAAGCACAUCGUGGACUGGUGCGGCUGCUCCCCCAACGACUUCAAGCCGCAGGAUUUCCACCGCUUCCAGCAGACAGCCAGGCCCACCUUCUUUGCCCGAAAAUUCGAAGCCGUGGUGAAUCAGGAAAUCAUCGGGCAGCUGGACUAUUACCUGUACGGGAACUACCCCGCGGGCACCCCGGGCCUCCGCUCCUACUGGGAGAAUGUGUACGAUGAGCCGGAUGGCACCCACAGCCUGAGCGACGUGGCACUCACCUUGUAUCACUCCUUUGCCCGCCUGGGCCUCCGACGGGCUGAGUCGUCGCUGCACGUGGAGGGGGAGAACAGCUGCCGGUACUACCCGAUGGGCCACCCAGCAUCCGUCCACCUCUACUUCCUUGCGGACCGCUUCCAGGGCUUUCUGAUCAAGCAUCACGCUACCAAUCUGGCCGUGAGCAAACUUGAGACCCUGGAGACAUGGGUGAUGCCAAAGAAAGUCUUCAAGAUCGCAAGUCCCCCCAGUGACUUCGGGAGGCUCCAAUUUUCUGAGGUCGGCACUGACUGGGAUGCCAAGGAGCGGCUCUUCCGCAACUUUGGGGGGCUCCUGGGGCCCAUGGAUGAGCCGGUAGGCAUGCAGAAAUGGGGGAAGGGCCCCAAUGUCACCGUGACUGUCAUCUGGGUGGAUCCCGUCAACAUCAUCGCAGCCACCUAUGACAUCCUGAUUGAAUCCACUGCCGAAUUCACUCACUACAAGCCCCCUUUGAACUUGCCCCUGAGGCCUGGGGUCUGGACAGUGAAAAUUCUUCACCACUGGGUGCCAGUUGCAGAGACCAAAUUCCUCGUUGCACCUCUGACCUUCUCAAAUAGGCAGCCCAUCAAACCAGAGGAGGCACUGAGGCUGCACAACGGGCCCCUCCGCAGCGCCUACAUGGAACAGAGCUUCCAGAGCCUGAACCCCGUCCUCAGCCUGCCCAUCAGCCCUGCCCAGGUGGAGCAGGCUCGCAGGAACGCGGCCACGGCUGGCGCGGGCCUCGAGCGCUGGCUGGACUCGCUGGUAGGUGGGAUGUGGGCCGCCAUGGACAUCUGCACCACGGGCCCCACUGCCUGCCCCGUCAUGCAGACCUGCAGCCAGACGGCCUGGAGCUCCUUCAGCCCCGACCCCAAGUCGGAGCUGGGGGCCGUCAAACCUGACGGCCGGCUCAGGUAGCACUGGGCACACAUGAGCCACAGCAGAUCUCAAAGGGAAAGCAGCCAGGGGGGCCGGUGGCACCUGGACCCUGGCCUCCCACCCCCGGCGGGGGGGGAGGGGUGUCUUUUGUGAGAGGAGCUCUCAUGGCUACAGAAUGAUGGAGAAGGAAGGUGUAGAGGUCAAAGCCGUUUCUGCCGACGACCUGCAUUUGACAAGCUGGGUACUGGGGGCAAGGACUGCUUGGUCCCCGCGCCACAGUGGUCUUACCUCUUUUGGUUGAUCCUCAAAGCCUAUAGGUUCCUUGUUGUCCCUGCCAGUGACCCAGUCCCCCAGACAAGUGAUUCUCAAAACUUUUAUUUUGAGCAGCAGACUUUAGUUUACUAAGCUCAGUUGGAAGGGGGAAGUUCAAGGUGCAGUUGAACUCCAGGCUGCUCUGGUUGAAGCUGGGGAGUGUAAGGUUCUUCUCCAAGCACAGCCCACCAGGCCGUCCCUUUGUCAGUGGCACCUCCCAAGGUACCUGUCCAGAACCCACAGGAUCUGCAAAAGCCAGCUGGAAAAGCACGGCCCAGACCGUGGGCUUGAUUGAUCUCCAGCCCCCUGCUUGGGCUCAUUUUCCUGCUCCUGGGCUGGAGAAGGAGACUGUCUGAGCCUUCCCCCAGCCUUGUCGGGUUGAGUUGUCCUCCUUAGUCACUAGAUGAGCAGGAGAGCCUUUUGAUGGAACAUGGCCAAGGUUCCCCAAGGUGUCACUGCCCCAGGGCCAGGGUUCCAGGCCAGCCUCCCUCCGGGCUGCCACCGACAGGCUGAUGCUCAUAAGCAUCAAGUCUCCUAGGCAUUCGUGGGCCAGGAGACCAUGACCUCAUGGGUCCCGGCCAGUGGGAACUUUGGGGACCACGGCCAUGAAACUCAGAGAUUGUUGGGAGCCAACUCCUGAGCUGGACGGCACAGCAAUACCCUCCCGUGCGUGAGCCCUUCUGCCCUGAGGUCCGGGCACUCCAGACCUCUGUGAAUCAUACCUGCCACCCCCAUCCCUGGUGCUGUAGGAAUGGACCAGACUUUCUACAUCCCUGCAAAAGCAUUUCAGAUUUGGUUUCUAACUCCAUGUCCUUCCUCCUGCGAGGUGCCACAUCAAAGGGGGAAGCUUGCGGAUGUGAUUGGUUACUACCUUAACAGCAGUGUUACUCCAAAUGCUCGAGGUGCAGAAACCUGACAUCUGAGCCGUGGCUCCAGGCCCCUUCCUCCUCCAGCCCCCACCCCGUCCCCACGACAGGCUUUCUUUGGCACAGGCCCACCCGUGGCUGCACCAUGUUCUGCUGCAGAGUCUAUCCUGUGUCUCUGUGCAGUGUGUGUGUGAAGGGAGCAGAGCCCAUGCCUCUCGCCCCCAAGCCCCUGCCCCACCGGGCCGGAUGUCCUGCGGGCCAGGGAGGGGCUGGAAGAGGGACACUUGCAGUAUUUAUUAUUUAUAUGUUUUAGUCCAUGACUAAUAGUAGGUGCUGCGUUUGCAGCUUGUUAGUUAUGUUCUCUUACUAACUGAAGCUGCCUUUAUUCAUGAAAGGCCCCCCCUUCCCCUCCCUCCCCGCGGCCAGUGUCUGUCUCCUGUCUGCUCUGUAUUCUCCACGUCCUGAGAGAAAGGCAGGGGUGUUGGACACUAUGAGGAGAGUGUGUGCCUCAGCAUCUGCUAACUGAUAGUGGGGUGCCCUCACGACACUGAAGCCUUCCUCCUUCUCAGGCAGGGUGGGAGCCUGGGCUGGGCCUCCAGUACCAAACAGGCCAACGACUCAGGUGGAAGGAGAGGACCCAGGGCAGAGCCUGGGACCUUAGCAGGUGACAGAGGGAACCUGACUCUUUGCAAGCCUGGGAAGAAGAAAGAUCCAGUUUAGAAAAAGGGGGAGUAGUCGGACUGAGCUGGGAGUUAGCCCCUGUCAAUGGGCUGCAGGGGCUGUGGAGGGUCUUGCUGUGCAAGCCCAGGUCAUUAGUCCAUGAACUUGAGCCCAGAGGCCUCUGCCACCACCUCUUUCCACCCCAGCCCACCCAGGGAGCCUGCCUUUUCUCCCUCCUGGCAGAGUGGCUAGGAGCGUGUGUUUUCCACAGCGUCCUGUGUGGGGCUCAGCCCCAUGUCCACACUUGCCCACGUUGCUGGCUUUCCCCCCAGAAUGAGGGGAAGGGCCAGCUUACUCUGGGCACGAUCCGCAGCCCCCUCCCUGCAAGGGAUUCGAGAUGCCAGGCAGGCAGCCCAGGUGUUUCUUUUGGGUCAGGGAAUAAAAUAAGCAAAAGCCUAGGAUGACUUGAGAAAAGAUGUUUCCACAAGAGACACACUAAUAGGUGAACUCUCUUUUAAUCUGAGAGUGAUUAAUCACAAGCCCCUGGAAACCCUGUCAUAGUUGGAAGGGCAACGCCUGGGGCACUGAGUCACUGACCAGGUCUGAAGUCACUCAUGCCAGAGGCUGGGGCAUGCAGUGCGAUUUCCCCACCAGCCUGCCCAAGUCUCACCAAACGGUCUCCAGGGAGGACAGAAAGCAUAGCCUAGACCCCGUGGGUCACAGGGUGCCCUUUCCUCCCUUUGGAAAGAGACCUUUCUGGUCAGAUCAAGGCAUCAUUUGGACUUCAUUUCCCCAUGGCAGUUUAACUUUUAAAAGGCCAGCACAUUCAGAGAGAACCAGCAAGACCCCAGAUGUCAGGGGGCAGGUGGAUGCACUGCCUUCAUCGUUCCCUGGCUGGUGCACGGACACCGGCUGGAACCUUGAGCUCUUUGCCAGGAAGGGGCAGAGUACAGACGUGUAGGGCUUUAGCCUGUCCCCUGACACAGCCCUGUCUACCGGGGACUCAGGACGCAAGCUCCCCUACAGCACCCAAGGGGGGAUGGAGUAGGAGGGUGUACUGGCAACGGCUGCUGGCCAACACCUGCCGGGUCAGAGCUGCGCUGUGUGGCAGGGGUCCCAGACCCUUCCAUCGUGGGGUAAGACAGCAUGGUGGCUGCUGCCUGGUUUUGCACGUGAGUAUGCAGGCACAGUGCAGUCUUCCCGUGGGGCCAGGGAGACCAGGGGAUCCAGAUGGUCACUGGAAAUCUGAUCUUUAAGUGUCGGCAAGGCUUUUUCUUUGUUUUGUUGGAGAGAGUGGGCAAAGGGAAAUUCCACAGUUCAUUCUGGGCACUGCCGGCCCACCCGCUGGCUGGAGAGGUGGUUUACCAUGAGGUAGGCAGUGCCCACGUGGAGGAGGAAAAGCGCCACCCUUGGUGCAAUCUCAGCAAUCGCUCUGAAGAAACCAUAAACCUCUUACCAGUCAUUCCAACCAGGAGAGACGGUCCUGCAGAGAAGGGUUCCAGGAGGAAAGGCUUGUUCAGCUGUCCUAGGUCCCAAGAUGGUGCUUAAAAAAAAAAAAAAAAGAAUUUGGAGACCUCAGUCGCUGCCCCUUCAACCUAAAGAGGCCCACGCGUUCCAGAAUUCCUGCCUGCCCAGGCAGAGCUGAUGGAUGACAGGUUGGCUGGGGGGCCCAGGAGGCUGGGUCGCAGCCCGGCUCUCUCCAAGUCCUACGUUUGAGCAGCUGUCCUGGCGCACGUUUCGGGAGCCCUGCUUGCUCGCAGGAUGCCCGCUUUGCCUCAGUUACCUUACUUUGCCCAUGGGUCUACCACAGGCGCUACCUCAUUGUGUCUGCUGAGAAGUUUACCUGGGGGAGAAACGAUUAGGUGUCCCAAAUCUGCUCGAGCUGAAUGUACAAUCUAUGCAAAUUCUCUCCCUCUGUUUCCUUCUCUGUCUCUCAAAAGUAUUUUUUUUUUUACGUUGCAAAUCCGAUACUUUAUAGACCCUAGACUGAGGGCUUUCAUGCGCCACCUGUGUCUGCCCCUCACGUUGUCUUUGGUUCUGUCCUCCCCAAGCCCCACCCAGGGAGACAGCGGCCCCCCUCCUUCCGGCUGGGAAGCCUCCCCCCUGCCUCUGCCCACGGAGUCCCCAGGAAAAGCAGGUUCUGCCCCCUUGCACCUCCAUCCCCCUCUCCCCUCUCCUCCAUUUCCCUUCCCUCACCCCCAAAAGCCUUAGGUUUCUCCUUUUUGAAAUGUGGCCUUAAAAUUAUUUUUGGAAAGCUGACUGCCCUCUCCGUCCACCUUCCACCAACAUCCGAGAAGAAGGAGCAUCCUGAAGCUUUCGCGGCAGCCUCCUAAGCGAGAGGCUGCCCGUCUGUAGUUUGCAGAUGCCGUACACAUGGCUUCUAAACGCCGUCUUUAAGAGAAGCACUCUUCUGUUGUCCCUGUGGGUGAAACGAAGGCUCGGGUGCUCACGUGAACGUCAGCCCGUCCUCCGCGCACACUGCCGAGGUACCCUCUUUCCCCCACCCCCACCCAGGCGUGGUGACUUGGAGGUACUUCGUUCAAGGGUAAAGCAGGAGAGUUUCUCAGUUUCUCUCUUCCUCCUUCCUGCCUGGAAAGUGAGAGCAUUAAAUAUUCCCAGCCGAUGGGUCGUGUUCUCAAAGGGAUCACACUUGCGCCUUCUGUUGUUCCAGGCUCUGUUGGAGGCCAAAGACAACCCUAGGGUUUCAUAGGAAAUUUACUGGAAUUGAGUGCAACCGUCCUUCGAGUCCGUUCUCGGUCUUUUUUUGUUUCUAAUAUGUUGUCAAUAGCGUGUGUUUGGGUAUUUUUUUUUAGAGGCCUCACGAUAAGUUAUUACUGUCCCCCUCAUUUUUUUCAAAGACAUGUGGUGAUAUAGUUUUUAAAAAUAACUAUUUUGUUAUAGAUCAUGAUAUGCAUAAAACUGUACAGAAAUAUUUUGUAAUGUAUUGAUUUAAAAAAUCUGUAAAUAAAGUUUAAAAAAAUUCCAAUGGCACACACCUGAAAGAUGUAGAUAUUUUGCUAUUUAUUUAAAGGAGUAUUUUAAGAGAUAUUGAACUAUCUGAAAUUGACAAGUUAUCAAAAUUCCAAUCCUACGAAUGCUUUUCCUCAAGGUAGACAGUGAUUCUUGGAAAUGAUUGCACUACCCGCCCAUUUUUGCACCUUUUCUGUCUUUUCAUUUAGCAGAAAAACAACAACGAAAUUGUGCCUUAGCUGUAUUUUUUUGUCUAGGGGAGUCUGUUUCUGUCUGACAAAGCAAAAUUUUUUGCAGAAAACAGUGGAUGUAUUAAAUACUGUAUCAUACCAAAAACACUGCAGGUGUACAUAGAUGCUUUCUGUCAUACUGUGUUUUCAGAUGCAGAAUUUUAAAAUUAAAAAAAAAAAUACUGUCUUUACGGAA